AUGCGAGCCGACUAUACACAGGCCUACAUAAAUCGCGGCGAUAUUCUUAUACGUAUGAAUCGGACGCGAGAAGCGCAAGAAGUGUACGAAAAGGCACUGCAAUUUGAUUCCUCCAAUCCUGAUAUCUAUUAUAAUUUAGGCGUUGUAUUACUGGAACAGUCGAAAGCAACACAAGCUUUAGUUUAUUUCAAUAAAGCGCUUGAAUUGAAUCCAUCGCACGAACAGUCGCUCAUGAAUUCAGCGAUUCUCAUACAGGAGAGCGGUAGCCAUGAGUUGCGCCCUUUAGCUCAACAACGAGAUGUCAAGGAGUAUCUCUUGCCUUUCCGGUUGCUUUCCCAAAUAAACGCGACAUUCAAUUUGGCGCUUCUCCUGUCGGACUCGAACCGAGCGCUCGAAGCGGUUCCUUUCCUGAAGCAACUGCUGAGACAUCAUUCCGAUCAUAUCAAAGGACUUAUACUUCUCGGAGACAUCUAUAUUAAUCACGUGAAGGACUUGGAGGCGGCCGAGGAGUGCUAUAAACAGAUUAUUAAACACGACUCGAAUAACAUUCAGGGAAGACAUAACUUAUGUGUGGUAUAUGUGGAGAGGGAGGAACUGGAGAGAGCGGAGAAUUGUCUUCUCGGUGUGUCCUCAUUAGCACCCAAUGAGGAGUACAUUAGAAAACACUUACGUAUAGUUAGGACGAGAAUCGCGAAACUGCGACAAAAAUACCACAAUAAAGAAGACUCAUUGGUGUGA